AUGCUGGUGGUCGGCGUCCUGCUGGCGUUGGGGCCUGGCCGGGCCGCAGGUGCCCUGAGGGCGAACAGACGCCCGACGCGGCCGCGGGGCUGCGCCGACCGGCCCGAGGAGCUCCUGGAGCAGCUGUACGGGCGGCUGGCGGCGGGCGUGCUCGGCGCCUUCCACCACACGCUGCAGCUGGGGCCGCGCGAGCAAGCGCGUAAUGCGAGCUGCCCGGCAGGGGGCAGGCCGGGCGACCGGCGCUUCCGGCCGCCCACCAACCUGCGCAGCGUGUCGCCGUGGGCCUACAGAAUUUCCUACGACCCCGCCAGGUACCCGAAGUACCUGCCCGAGGCCUACUGCCUGUGCAGGGGCUGCCUGACCGGGCUGUUCGGCGAGGAGGACCUGCGUUUCCGGAGCGCCCCGGUGUACGUGCCCACCGUCAUCCUGCGGCGGACCUCGGCGUGCGCGGGCGGCCGCUCGGUGUACACCGAGGAGUAUGUCACGGUGCCGGUGGGCUGCACGUGCGUCCCCGAGCAGGAGAAGGAAGCGGACAGCAUCAACUCCAGCAUGGACAAGCAGGGCGCCAAGCUCCUGCUCAGCCCCAGCAACAAGCCGGGCCGGCCCUGAGGCGCUGCUGCCCAUCUCCUGGAGCGCGGGCUGCUUCAGCUGCCUCCCCCGAGCGGACUCGAGGACGGAGAGGAGUAAAUGAAACACAGCCGAACUGCAGAGGUCUUCCAACUUGACUGCUUGACGGCUUGCUCUCACACAUCAUCACCUGGUUUUCUUCUAGGCAAAGGCACGGGGUUGGUGAAGGCUGCCGGCAAGUUACCGGGUACAUGACCGCAGGUAGGGAGCGUAGCUCCAGGGCCUUCCGCAGGUAGCCAGAGCCUGGUGUGUGGCGAAGUGGCUUCGUGGCCCUCCCUCCGUGGCCCUCCCUCCGUGGCCCUCC